AUGGCUGGUUUACUAAUAAAUGGCAACAAGGCCUUCGAGAAUGCCUCAACCAACGUGGCUGCCGCGCAAAUGCGCAACUCCCUAACCGAGCUUGCUGAGACCGUCAAGGAUCCAGAGCAGAAGAAGCUAUUCGAGACCGAAAUGGACAACUUCUUCGCUCUCUUCCGCCGAUACCUUAACGACAAGGCCAAAGGCAACGCUGUUGAUUGGGAUCGCAUUAAUCCCCCUGCGCAGGGCCAGGUCGUCGACUAUGAAGACCUAGCCAACUCCGAAUCCGUCGGAUUCCUUAAUAAGCUCGCCGUUCUGAAGCUGAACGGUGGUCUUGGUACAUCUAUGGGUUGUGUUGGUCCCAAGUCCGUUAUCGAGGUCCGUGAUGGCAUGUCCUUCCUCGAUAUGUCUGUACGACAAGUCGAGUACUUGAACCGAACAUACAGCACAAACGUCCCCUUCAUCCUCAUGAACUCGUUCAACACCCACGAUGAUACCGCUGCUAUCAUAAAGAAGUACGAAGGCCAUAACGUCGAUAUCCUUACUUUCAACCAAUCUAGAUACCCUCGAAUCUACAAGGACUCCCUCCUACCCGUCCCUAAGAGCUUCGAUUCCUCCAUUAACGAGUGGUACCCUCCCGGACACGGUGAUGUUUUCGAAUCUCUCUACAACUCUGGUCUCCUUGAUAAGCUCAUCGAGCGCGGUAUUGAGAUCAUCUUCCUAUCCAACGUCGACAACCUAGGUGCUGUGGUAGAUCUGCGCAUUCUACAACACAUGGUUGAGACCAAAGCCGAGUACAUCAUGGAGCUUACCAACAAGACUAAGGCUGAUGUCAAGGGUGGUACUAUUAUCGACUAUGAUGGCUCCGUCCGUCUACUCGAAAUUGCUCAGGUACCAAAGGAACACGUAAACGAGUUCAAGUCGAUCAAGAAGUUCAAGUACUUUAACACCAACAACAUUUGGAUGAACACCAAAGCUAUCAAGCGCGUGGUAGAGAACAAUGAACUUGAGAUGGAGAUCAUCCCCAACGGCAAGACCAUCCCCGGUGAUAAGAAGGGCGAGUCCGAUAUCUCCAUUCUUCAGCUUGAGACGGCUGUUGGUGCUGCCAUUCGCCACUUCCAAAAUGCGCACGGUGUCAACGUACCUCGUCGCCGAUUCUUGCCGGUCAAGACUUGCUCAGAUCUCAUGCUUGUCAAGUCUGACUUGUACACCGUUAAGCACGGCCAAUUACAAAUGAGCCCAAGCCGUUUCGGUGGUGCUCCGCUCAUCAAGUUGGGUAGCGACUUCAAGAAGGUAUCGGAUUUCCAGAAGCGUAUCCCGUCGAUCCCCAAGAUCAUUGAACUGGACCACCUGACGAUCACUGGUAACGUCAAUCUGCAUCGUGGCGUGGAGCUAAAGGGAACCGUCAUCAUCGUCGCGACAGAAGGCUCCACAAUCGACAUUCCUCCUGGAUCCAUCCUAGAGAACGUGGUGGUUGAGGGUAGCUUGCGUCUGCUGGAACAUUAA